AUGUCGAGCUGUGAGCGACUUUCACCAAAACAAUUUCAUAGUCAAGAGUCACGGCUCUAUACGGAAAAAUGCGUCAGAGAGUUGAUGCAAACGAGGGCGUUCCGGGACUAUGUUGGUCACUUAGAAUACAGUGAAAGGAUGCAAUUCUCAUGGUUUGUUGCGCUUAUCGGCUUGGCGCUUGCGUCUUACUAUCAUGCAAUCUUUAUGUUUCCAGUCAACUGUGGUACUUACGCUGGUAACUUUGACGAAGCGACCCCCUUUUUCCUCGUGGCAACCCUGUUGAUGGCGCUGUUUGUUGCUCCCUCAGUUAUGGUUGCGCAGAUCAGUGGAUUUUUUGAGCCCAUUUCGAGGGAGGAAGUGUCGAGUCUUUUAACGUAUAUUACAUUCGUUAAUGCUGCCGUUGUCUCGUUCGGUGGGAGCUGGUUGCACAACCCGCCGUAUAUCGUUUCAGAACCGCCUGUACCAUGGCUCUCCGGAACGAUUUCACAGUUAGAUGAGCUGGCGACACGCACUAUUUUGCGCGCACUUCCGCUUCAUGGAAUAGUAGUGGGGAGCUGGCUGCUGUAUCUCUGGCAAAGUCGAGGCUGGAGGCGCGUCUGGAAGCUACCGCUGCCGCUUUUGACAGCUCCUGUUCUUCUUGCCGUCUUUACUUGGUUUUGGUUCCGUGUUACAAGCCCCAUUUGUGCGCAGUUGCUUAGUUCGAGCACUGACGCUUUAGAAUUAGUAGAUGUCUUUUUCAGUGCAUCUGAUGAGAUGAUUAAGAGUUUCUCAUCUAUUUUCAGCACUCCGCUUCGGCUUGGGGCUUUUAUAAGCCCUCAGGACUGUUGCCGGUUGUGGUGCUCCACACUUGCGUUUUCUCUUUUGUACUUCGCAGGGGCACUGGCAAUCCCUGUGAUUGGCGGUAUUGCCAUUCUAAUAUCAUGGGUCCUGCCUACGCAUCCAACUACGUGGGGUCUGUCCUUUAUUUUAAGUAUAGCCGGUCUGGUCAUGCAAGUUCAGAGGAAUGAGUCAAGUGUGGUGGCACUGUUUGCCUUGCUUGUGGCCAUUUGGGCGUUGGGGCGCAACGGCUUCUCACUCAUGAACUAA